UGCGCGCUAACUCCUGUACGGCGGAAACAGGGCGCAGCAACCGAGCAGGUUCUCAACUGUGAUCUUCAUUCAAGGCUAAAAUGGCAGGAGCAGAAGGAGACGAUUCACUUUAUCCCAUCGCUGUUUUGAUCGACGAACUGAGAAAUGAAGAUGUUCAGUUGCGUUUGAACAGUAUUAAGAAGCUGUCCACUAUUGCGCUGGCUCUUGGUGUGGAGAGAACGCGAACUGAACUACUACCCUUCCUCACCGAUACCAUUUAUGAUGAGGAUGAAGUUCUUCUUGCCUUGGCCGAGCAGCUCGGAAGUUUCACCCUGUUGGUUGGAGGUCCGGAGUUUGUCCACUGUCUGUUGCCUCCCUUGGAGAGUUUGGCGACUGUGGAGGAAACGGUUGUGCGAGACAAGGCUGUGGAGUCCCUGCGGAAGAUCUCUCAAGAACAUUCCCCUGUAGACCUGGAGGUGCACUUCGUGCCGCUGGUGAAGCGCCUGGCCAGCGGGGAUUGGUUCACCUCCCGAACAUCUGCCUGCGGUCUUUUUAGCGUUUGUUAUCCACGUGUAUCCAGCUCUGUUAAAGCAGAAAUCCGCCAGCACUUCCGCACACUCUGCUCAGAUGACACCCCUAUGGUGCGCCGUGCCGCCGCCUCUAAGCUGGGCGAGUUCGCUAAGGUUCUGGAGCUGGACUAUGUUAAGAGCGACAUCAUUCCUCUCUUCACAGCGCUAGCAUCCGAUGAGCAGGACUCAGUGCGGCUGCUGGCAGUAGAAGCCGGCGUUAGCAUUGCAACCCUCCUGCCGCAGGAGGAUCUGGAGACCCUGGUCAUGCCAACUCUGCGUCAGGCAGCCGAGGACAAGUCCUGGAGGGUGCGCUACAUGGUGGCCGACAAGUUCUCAGAAUUGCAAAAGGCGGUUGGCCCAGAAAUCACCAAGAACGAUUUGGUGCCGGCGUUCCAGAACUUGCUGAAAGACUGUGAGGCAGAGGUCCGCGCUGCUUCUGCCAACAAGGUGAAAGUUUUCUGCGAAAAUUUGCCUGAAGACAGCAGGGAGACCAUCAUCAUGACUCACAUUCUGCCAUGCGUCAAGGAGCUGGUGUCUGACACUAACCAGCAUGUGAAAUCUGCCCUGGCUUCUGUCAUCAUGGGUCUGUCCACCAUCUUGGGCAAGGAUAACACUGUUGAACAUCUGCUUCCUCUUUUCCUGGCCCAACUGAAGGACGAGUGUCCUGAGGUGAGGCUGAACAUCAUCUCUAACCUGGACUGUGUGAAUGAGGUGAUCGGCAUCCGGCAGCUCUCUCAGUCUCUGUUGCCAGCUAUAGUGGAACUGGCCGAGGAUGCCAAGUGGAGGGUUCGACUGGCCAUCAUUGAGUACAUGCCCCUACUGGCUGGCCAACUGGGUGUGGAGUUUUUCGACGAGAAGUUGAAUUCCCUGUGCAUGGCAUGGCUCAUUGACCACGUGUAUGCCAUUCGAGAGGCUGCAACCUGCAAUCUAAUGAAGCUUGUGGAGAAGUUUGGAGCAGAGUGGGCUCAGAACACCAUCGUACCCAAGGUUAUCGGCAUGGCCAAUGAUCCCAACUACCUGCACAGGAUGACCACACUCUUCUGCAUCAAUGCUCUGUCUGAAGCAUGCGGACAGGAGAUCACCACCAAGCACAUGUUACCCAUAGUCCUCAAGAUGUCCAAUGACCAGGUGGCCAACGUACGCUUCAACGUGGCCAAGUCCCUGCAGAAAAUUGGACCGGUUUUGGAAAGCAGCGCUUUACAGGCAGAGGUCAAACCAGUACUGGAGAAACUAGCCACAGACCAAGACAUGGAUGUGAAGUACUUUGCUCUAGAAGCUAUAAGUGUUCUUUCUUUGGCCUGAUUGGCUGCUUCUCCACGUGGACAACUGACAACACAAGACUUGUUGCGCUCUAUUUAUUGUCAAUUCUGAUUGGUUAAGUUUCAUCAGUGUAUCCUUGUGUUUCUCUCAAAGAUAUUGAACGGAUCAAAGGAUGGCCUUGUCAUCUCAUAUUACCUCUCUUUCCGUACUCAAAUCUGCCUCAAACAUCCCGACGCUUGUACAGUUUACACAUAGCUCUGUAGACUCCCACCUAUGGCUCCAUAGCCCCCCCCCCCCCCGGCACAGUCGUAUCACAAUUGGUACGUGACUGCUUCUGCAUGCCGUUGCUUUUCUUAGACCGAAGUUCAUCCUGCAUGCAACAGAUGGUGCGAAAUGCCUGUUUAUUUGCUUUAGUAAAUUUGCAAGCGCACAGCACAUUGUUUACAUGUGCGCCCUCCCCUGGGAAAACUCUCCACUUUGCUCGCACAAGUUAACCGCAGUCCCCUGCGUACGCGGGGAGAAUAACAUUCAGGACACAUUUUGGAUCCAUUGCGGUCUCUUGGAAUUUGCUUAAUGAUGUAAUGAGGUCACAUGUUGUCAUGAGCGUUUCAAUAAGGGGCCAUUUAUUGAAUUUAACUGCAUCAGCUGUGCUUUAUCAAGGGGUACUUGUGUCUGAAAGUAUAUCUUGCACACUAUUUGGCCUGCAUUUGAGGGCUAGGCAAACAUAUGAAACUUCUGCCAAUAAUUUCUGUCAUUUUGUUCGUUUUCAAUUCGUUACUUGCGAGUUUGUUUCUUUUAUAAUUGGAGGCCAUGUUUAGGGCAUGAAGCCGUCUGGCUGGCUUGGGGGAGAGUUAUCUCUUGUGGGAGGUGAUUCAACUGAAUUCAAUACUAAAAUCCACACUCACCUACUGAUUUCUUAGGAAACCCUUUGUUCAUGCUCAGUAUCAUGAGUUUUUUUUUUACUGUACUUCUUUUUGUCAUUAGUGUACUUUUGGGACUAAAAUAAAGUCUUUUGAACAACGUA